AGAAACUUAAGUGGGCAGUGCUACCACAUCAUCUGAUUGGCCCGUUCCUAUAUUCGUCAAAUGCUGGCGAUCAUUGCUUAGAAAUGGAGGAUGCCUGCUGGUGUGGGUGUGGGCCCUGGGGCGCCGUGGCCCCCAACAGCUUUGCGGCUUAUAUCGUCCAACGACCCGAACCCCUCACGCUCUUCACACAAGCACUAAAUUCACAACCAUGAGCGAAUCCCCGGAAAUGUACCCGCUCGGCAGGGAUGAGGUCGAGUCGAGACGGUGAGUCUGAGAUAUCUCCAGUAGAUCGAGUGACUACCAAUACCAGAAGCCUCAAUGAACAGCACAAAUUCCUCCUAGACGUCGUCGACGGCGCUAUCGACCGAGACGUACCGCUAGAAAACAUCUCUGCAGUCGCCGAUGUCGCGACUGGAACUGGAAUCUGGCUCUGGGACGCAAAACAAAUCCUCGACCAAAAAGCCGGCGAAUCCUCUUCGCGAUACUACCACGGCUUCGAUAUCUCCGCUGCCCAGUUCCCCUCCACAUCACAUGGUAUCACCCUCUCCGUCCAAGACGUCUUCCAGCCGUUCCCCGCAGGAUUCCUUGACGGCUUUGACCUCGUGCACGUCCGGCUUAUGGUGACGGCAUUCCCGGAAGGGAAGUUUCAAGAGGCUGUGGAGAAUGUGCUUACGAUUGUUAAACCGGGUGGCUACCUCCAAUGGGUCGAAAUUGAUUUCUCAGCCGUCGAAGCGCAAACAGAGCAUGACGCCCGAGUCGCACCAGGCGCAAACUACUGGAUGCGCUUCGUCGAUAGGAACCAGAUGAGUCGAUGCGCACCCGACGCGCUCUUUGACGCCUUCAAGAACACCGGCCUGCUGAACGUCACGAAGAAACCCUUCCUCAUCCGCGGACGUGACGAACUGAGAGAACGCGCGCAGAGUUGGCAGAUGCAGUUCUUCUCCGGGAUCAUGCCGCUGGUUCUAAUUCGGCUAGGGGAAGCGGUGGAUAUGGAGGAGGCUGCGAGGAUGGCUGAGCCGAUUAGACAGGAUUUGGAGAAUUACUUUGCGGAUGGGGAUGUUAUUGAUACAAGGUUUGGCACUGUUGUCGGCCAGAAGCCACUUUGAGUAUUGCUGUGAGUGUAGAAGGGCCGGGAUUUGUGACGCUUUCUAGGCUGCAAGGCAGUGAUACUCAUCGGUCUUUGUGUUUCUACUGCAUACUGUAGGUUACUAGUCAUCAUUAUGACUAUAUAGUCCAGAUACAGAACCGGUGGCGCGAUCGUGGGUUAUCAGAGGCUCUAGUAAGACACAAAACCCUUUCGUAGCA